AUGAGCCCCGGCGCCGGUACUGCCAAGAAGCGUCUCGGCGUCGGCGUCGUCGCCGCCGGCGGGUUCGCGCUCGGGUGCGGGUGCAGGGACGCCAAGGCCGUGGCGGUGGCGGUGGCGGCGUCCGGGCCCGCGUCGCCCUACUCCGCUGCCACCACGACCACCGCCACGGAGACGUCGACGUCCACGGCGACGACCGCGACGUGGCGCGGGGCGAGGACGACAACGACGCACCCGUCGUCGACGGCGUCCGCGUCCACGGGCACGCUCACCGUGCCCUCCGCGUCGUCGUCGUCCCUCCCGUGGGAGGAUGCGGACGCCGAGGGUGACGUCGAGGAGGUGAACUGCAAGAGGGAGGCCACGGUGAGCUUCUCCGGCCUGCUGCGCCAGCUCAACGAGCUCGAGCAGAGCGUCGUGUCGUGGGAGCGGAAGAGCACCAGCAAGGAUUACUUGUCGCCACCUCCGCCGCCGUUACCAGCGCGGCCAGUGAAGCAACGAGAUGUGCACAGCGGUGGCGGCGACAGCAAAGAAGGUCACGGCAACUUCUCCCCGCAGCCGCCGCCGGCGUCGGCGACUUCUUUCCAGUUUCAGAUUACGCAGCUGCACCGGAAGACAAAGAGCAUGGACAAAGCAGACAGACAAGUUGAAGCGGUCCACUCCAAGCAACCGCCGCCGCCGCCUCCACCUCCACCAUUGCCAUUGCCGCCGGAGCAGCAGCUCAAGGUGAAGAGCACGGACGACAAAGGCGGCAAGAAAGACGACGCCAACGUGUUCCCGACACCGCAGGCCCCGAACCACCUGGCAAGCCAAGAGCUGCGACGCCGGCGCCGGCCCCGUGAGGCUGGACGGGAGCGUGGGCGUGGGCGUGGGCGUUGCGGUGGUGAAGCAGUCCGACGACCCGCUGAGCGACUUCCGGCGCUCCAUGGCGACGACCUCCGCGAGCUGCUCCGUCACUUCCUGGCGCUGAACGCGCCGCGCCACCACGACGCCAUCCUCCGCGCCUUCACCGAGGAUCUGGGACGAGGCGUUCUCCGCCAAGACGGCCCACGGCCGCCGCGAGCCCGUCGUCGCCGCCAGGACGACGACUCCGCCGCGCUCGCGGCCCAGGGCGCCGACGCCACCGCGCCGCCGGCACGCCCCGCCUCCGCGGUCGUGGCGCUAACGCGUACUGCGUGGUCACCGGUCACCACUUACUUGUUUACUACUAGCAGUACAAACAAUGUAGCUGGCUCAACCAUCCGUUGCUGCUUAAGCUCGAUUGCUCGCAAUGUCAUCUGGCCGCCGUACCGCGAAUCUAAUCUACCGCAUGCAGUAAUGCAGAUGUUCUCCGGAUUUGUUUGUUAA